AUGGCUACUACCUUCCACCUAUUCCCUUUCCUUCCACAGGAACUCAGGGACGAGAUCUGGGCUUUUGCCCUUCGGUCACACCACCGAGGAGUCCAAAUCUUUCGUGUACACAAAUCUACUGUGGUUGUUCGCCCGGGAGAUCGGAAUAUCGCACCAAUGUUAGACGAACGCAACAACUCCUGGCACUUUGCGGCCCCCCUGGAAUCCAAGUAUUACAAGAGCCUCGACGAAUCCCCCAAUAAGAAUGUGUCGACAUACAUGAUUGAUUCUGGGCUAUGGACCGCUUGCAAAGAAUCACGUCGUGUUAUACGGAAGCGCUUCGCUAAACAUUCAAACAACCCCUGGGGACCACCCAGGCGUGCAAUAGUGAGCUAUUGCUCCGGCAGCAGCCCCUUCUGCCUUUCUAUCUGGCCAGGCUCGGACCUUAUCAUUCUGCAACCAGACGAUUUCUUCCCUACCAGCUGGAGCCGUAUUGUUGGGCUCGCCUACACUCCAGGUCCUUAUGUUUACCCUCUGGACUCUUGCCGGGAAAUUGGCAUAGAGUAUGAUCCAGAAUGGGGGGAUGGACUGCCGGCGUAUGGUAGUUCCUGGGGUUCACGUAAUAUGACACUUGCCAUCGCCCAUCUGUUUAGUUCUUCCCCGCGGCACCGUUUGUGGUUGGUUGACACAAACCUGAAGCGGAAAGCAGACGCCUCUUCGGUUCAGGGCGGCAAGACAAUGCAGUUUUACGCAAAUGAUAGGAAGCUUGUACAAGUUUCUCUUGAUAAGGGGGCACAUAACUUGAGAGAGUGGGAGUAUAUGCAUCCGGUGGGAAACGGAGCUUAUCAGAAGUCAUCUAUUUGCUUCGCAAUUUCCGCAAAUGUAACAGCAAGAUUCUUUGAGGAGAUGAACAGGGUUAUGAGCAUGAAUUAUGGCUAUCGUCUCGAAGGUCGAGUCGGACUUCUCGGAUGGGAAGACCUUAAAAAAUCAUAA